UCUUAGAACAAGAGCCACUUUUGAGCAACAUCACUCGCUUCCCCUCUUCAGAAACCCUAACAAUCAUCUUCGUCUUCAUCGUCUUCUCUUGCAGUUGUCUACCCCCAAAAUAACUACCCCAACAUCACUCGCUCGGCUCAUUCAAGCAAUUGCUCUAUUUUUCCCCACUUCCUAUGGCUAGCUGGUGUUCGCUUCGCUACAUCACCUCUAGCUUUUGAGGCCUUCGUCACUCCGGCGCGACUGCAGGCAGCUCUUGCUUCUCGUUCGAUUUUUUUCGUCUCCUGUGACCCGCCAGCUCUCUCUCGGCUCUCAGUUCACUCUCCCGUCCGCCCCUAUAAACGUGGAGGUCACAUGCGUGGUGCGGUAUCACAAAGAAGACCAGCCCCUUCCCCUUCCUCAUCCUCGUCCCCGGUCCUUUCCUCUUCCCCUGCCCUUUCAUCUAAUCCUCAACCACUACAUGUUGAUGGACAACAUGGACACAUUGGCCCAUCCUCCGAACCUCAAGAACAUAUUAGGGGACAACUUGGAGACAUGUGAACUGAAUUUACUUCAGUUCCAUCUCCUUCGAUUGCAUCUCCUUCGGUUCUACCUUCUUCUUCAGUGCAACACUCGAAUGAUGAAGAAGAUAGCCGAUUCAUGAUAUGGCCAUGUGGAGAUUCCGGAAGUUCAGGUGGGAUGAAAUGGAAGAGAACGAAGUUAGAAGAAUUUUUAAGAAGAAAACCGGUGAUCACAUGCGAAAUGUGAUGAAUAAAGCAAAGAGAAAUCAACGAAAGCCGGAUUUUAUUACAGCUGACAAUUGGACGGAAAUUACGACAACUUGGGAAACUGAGAAGCAUAAGCAAAUAAGUGAACAGAAUAAGAAGAAUCGAGCUUCUAGUUCUAGUGAAGGGUCUGCGUUUGCCACAUAUGUUGGGGGCUCUAUCAACAUCAGGGAGCAUAGAAAAAGAAUGGCAGAUGAAUUGGGGACGCAACCGACAUUUACAGCUACAUUUGAAUGCACAUUUCAGAAAAAAGACAAAACAUGGACUGGCGAUCGAGCAAAAGCUAUUAAGGAAAAAUAUGAUAAACUUUUAAUGAGCACUGCUAGUGGUGGUAAUGGUGUUGCUGUGUCUGAGCCAUCGGUUGACAGUAUGGCAUUAUGGCUGGAGGCAUCGGGUGGGAUGAAAGGAGGAAAAAUAUUUGGGAUGGGAUCCUUGUCAAGGGCAUACACAACGAAGGCUGCUGCAACUUCAUCCUCCAAUGCGGCUGUUUCAAGGAGGACACGACAUAAGGAGCAAAUGACUAAGAAUUGAGCCAACUGAAAGAUUUACUUGUACAAAAGGACGAAGAACUCAAAAAUUUACUUGUACAGAAGGACGAAGAAAUAAGAGGAAUGAAACAACAAAUGCAAUUGAUCUUACGACACCUCAACCUCGAUCACGAUGAGGUUCCUCCUGUACCUCCCACUAAUCCAAUAGGUGAUGGGCACAAUGAUGAGCCACACAAUGAUAAUGAGAUUGCUGUUGCUGAUGAUGAUGAUUUUAUUAGCAGUCCUUGCUGGUUCAUUCUCUUUGGGGGUAAGCUUAUGAUGACCAACUUACAACAAUUACUUUCUGUGCACAACUUUCUUACAUGUCUGUACAAUGCUUGCGAAAAAUUGAAAAUUUGACAAAAGUCACUGUUCUUUGUUCAGAAAAUCAUGAUAGUUCAACAUUGUAGAAAUACAUGCCUUAUUUGAUUUCAAAUUUUGAUCAUAUUUGCAGAUGGGAGAAGCUAAGUUUCACAUGUUGUACAAUUGAACUGUGAUUCCUUUUAUUGCAUGUUCUCAAGUGGACAUGUUUCGAGUAAAGAUGCUAAUUUUUAAAUGUUUUGAAGAGAAUGAUCUAUCUUUUACAUUUCUGAGUGACCACACAAAUUCAGAAAUUUGACUUUUGAUAUGUCAUUCUUGUGGAUGAGUUAUAUCCAUUGUCAGUAACAUAAUAUCUCAAAGUAAAACAUGAGAAGCUUUACAUGCUGAAUAAUCAAUUCUUAAAUUUGAUACACUAUUAUUUGAAGUCAGUUUAGAUUAGGGGAGCCUGGAUACAAGGAAAGGUAUUAUGCAAAGAAAUUUCAUGCGUCAACUUCGGAUGAGAUAGAGAGUUAAAGAAGGAAA